CGUGUUGCAGAGCGAAGGCGGAAGCGGAAGUGAGGCAGUGGCUGGCUGCAGAAACAUGGCGUGCACAUACACACGCGCGCACAGAGGAAUGACAGGUGCUAUGUGUGUGUUUACUGCGCUUAUAAUCGCACAUGUGAUCCUGCAGCCCGCAUCGGCCAAGCCGGACAAUUUAAGAGUAAUCACUGAUGCAAACUGGGAGGACAUCCUGACGGGAGAAUGGAUGAUCGAGUUUUUUGCUCCAUGGUGUCCCGCCUGCCAGCAGCUGCAGCCCGUGUGGAAUGAGUUUGCAGAAUGGGGUGAAGAUUUAGGAGUAUAUAUUGCCAAAGUGGAUGUCACAGAGCAACCAGGUUUGAGCGGGAGGUUUAUCAUCACAGCUCUUCCAACUAUUUAUCACUGUAAAGAUGGUGUGUUUAGGCGAUACCAGGGUGCCCGGUCUAAAGAUGACUUCCUGAGUUUCAUUGAAGAGAAGAAAUGGCAGAGUAUAGAGCCGAUCUCUUCCUGGUUUGGCCCCUCAUCCUUCCUGAUGAACGCAAUGUCGGCCCUCUUCAAGUUAUCCAUGUUUAUCAGGCAUUGCCAUAAUUAUUUAACGGAGCAACUAGGGGUCCCAGUUUGGGGCUCAUAUGGAAUAUUUGCUCUGGCAACACUUUUCUCAGGAUUGGCCCUCGGAUUGGUGCUGGUUUUCGUAGCGGAUUUUGCGUUCCCGUCACGGCGGCUUUCACCAGACUAUCACCACAGAAAGCAGCCCAGUGCGCAGGCACGUCUCCGGCAGCAGUCAGAAGAUGAGCAGGAAGCAGAUGGAGAGGAAGAGGAUGACGAAGACGAAUAUGGAGGAAAGGCCGAAGAGUGGACGGAAAUGGACGGAGCCGAUGCUCUCAGGAAAAGAGGCGUAAGGGUGACAGAGGAGGACACCUAGAGGACUGAAGUGAACCGAUUCUCAUACUGUGCACAAAACGACCACACAAACCACAUUGUUAUGGCAAUGUCUAUAUGUGCUGCCUUGGCAAUGCUGUACCACAUGAUGUCACAUGUGAUGUCAUAGCUCCCUCUCAAAGAUUCAGUCACUAUUGACUGAAAAACCUGAUGUGGUUGUGCUUCUUUCUCACUCCUGGCGCUGGGUUGUGUGUUUAUUCCUUUGAUGUCCAGUUUUAAUUAUUACACUCCUUGCUAUGCAGUAUCUCAAGGGUGUGUGUGUGUGAAAAAUUUAGGCCUACUUUUAAGCAUUUCACAAAUCACAUCAUACAAAUAAAACUGAGCAGAUAACCAAGAUCAAACAGCAACCUCACUGUGACUCUGAAGAUUAGUUGUAAAUGCAGUAUUUGAGAAUUUGGAAGUUUUGGCGCUUAAUUUGUAAAUAUUUUAUUAUUUGAGCGGCUGUUAUAAAAAGCUGGAAUAUUGAGUUUAUUAUUGUUUUUAGUUUAACAGUUUAUUUUUUUCACCAAGUUUGACUUCAUACUGUUUGCUUUUGAUUUUGUUGGUUUUGGUGCUGCAGUUUUGAAAAAACAUAAAAUGAUCAUUAUUAACACUUGUUUUUUAUACCGAUUUGCGUGCGAGUAGGUGUGUAAAUUAACCUCUGGGAAGAGCUAUCGGAUCAUUUUAUAUUCAUCCCUAAAGGGUCGUUAAGGAAAUACAUUUCUGUUUUGUUUCAUUAACCCUCAACUUUCUGGUACAUAGCACGUACACGUAGUCACGUGUUAAUGAUUUUGAAGAUGUGUUAUGCACAGCUUCUGGUGUGUUUCUUUCAUGCAGUUCAUUUAAAAGUCUGCAGUUUGUCCAACAUUUUCUUGGUUUUUACUCAUGUUACUUUCAAUAAUUUCUAAAUCAUCAAAAAUGAAUUUUGUGGCUUCUGCUUUUGCUCACCUUUGAACUUUGACUCCUGACCCUUGACUAACCCUGACCGAUCAUCUAGAAUUAAAAAUGUUCUGGUUGGUUGUUUACAGCAACAGAUACUGAAUUGUGAAUGCCUGCACCUACAACUCCAUUCCUUAAAGUGUGUGUGAGUGAUGUUUCUGUAUUUGAAUGGUGUGAAUCAGGACUGGUAAUAAACAACUUUGAACUUUGAA